AUGGACAUGGGCGGCGAUAUGGACAUGGAUUCCCAUGCAUGUAAGAUCUCCAUGUUAUGGAAUUGGACAACCAUCGACGCAUGUUUCCUCUCUGCAAGUUGGCAUAUCAGGUCGAAAGGUGAUUUCGCGGGGAGUGUCAUUGGUAUAUUCUUUCUAUGUAUUGCGAUCGAGUUUGUAAGAAGGGUAGGAAGGGAAUACGAUAGGAGAUUAAUCAUGGCUGCCAAGUCAGGAUUGAUCCCUUCCGCCCUCCCUGAAUUAUCCUCCAACAAAGAUACAACUACUCCCAUGACCUAUCACUUCCGACCCUCAUGGGUUCAACAGAUCAUCCGAGGUAUAUGCUACGGCAGUCAAUUCACCGCCGCUUUCCUAGUCAUGUUAUUCGGAAUGUUCUUCAACGGUUAUAUCCUCUUUGCGAUAUUCCUCGGACAGACCGUGGGCUAUAUCAUUUUCGGUAGAGAUACUUGUACGGCUUCGGUCGAUCAUGUAGCUUCGGGAAGUUGUUGUUAG